UACACUUUUUUUUUUUUCCUUAUGUAAACCCUGAUCAUUUCUGUGUCCUGCAGGCUUCYGAGAUGGCUACAGAUGUAGCUGAGCCCGUGGUCCUUGACUGCAAAGGAGAUGUGAGGAGCGGUGCCAAGUCAGAUGCUGACUAUCCUCUUCGGGUCCUCUACUGUGGAGUCUGUUCCUUGCCUACAGAGUACUGUGAAUAUAUGCCUGAUGUGACUAAAUGCAGACAAUGGCUAGAAAAGAAUUUUCCAGAUGAGUUUGCAAAACUUACAGUAGAAAAUUCACCUAAACAGGAAGCUGGGGUUGGAGAAGGCCAAGGAACUGCAGGAGAAGAAGAGGAGAAGAAGAAGCAAAAGAGAGGUGGAAGAGGUCAGAUAAAACAGAAAAAGAAGACUGUACCACAGAAAGUUACAAUAGCAAAAAUUCCUAGAGCAAAGAAAAAAUAUGUCACAAGAGUAUGCGGCCUGGCAACAUUUGAGAUUGACCUUAAGGAAGCACAAAGGUUCUUUGCUCAGAAAUUUUCCUGCGGUGCCUCAGUAACAGGAGAAGAUGAAAUAAUCAUUCAGGGGGAUUUUACAGAUGAUAUCAUCGAGGUAAUCCAGGAGAAGUGGCCUGAGGUUGAUGAUGAUAGCAUUGAAGAUCUUGGAGAAGUCAAGAAGUGAUAGUGAAAGACUAAGUUUAUUUAAUUAUAUGGUUAUAAAUGAUGUAGCCAAAGCAAGGCUUCUGAAUCCAUUUACUCUGCAGUGAAACUGUGGAGAACCCAUAUCCUUGGCAUUUUCACCAUUCUGUAUAGGCUGCUUGUUUAUUUUGUUUGUUUGUUUCUUUUUUUUUUUGUGAUAUUUGCCAAAGUUAAAUUGGGUUUUUAUCAUGCUUAUGCAUGAAGUAGAUUUAAAUAAAAUGACUGUUCCUCACUGA